GGGGGGACUUGGAGAAUCCUUAAUGUCUCUAUUUUUUUGGUUUGCCUUGUUCCUGGGACCGCCAGGACGCUAGCAAUCCACUUAGACAUUGAAACUGUGCCAAGGCCAAGGCUUAGGUAGAAACAAAUGAAUAUAUCCUUGUCACUGACCCGGCUUUAGCAGCGUGCCCCGCAACAUCCCAAGUGCCCCGUGGGCUUCCUCCCACCUGCCUGCCUGCUUCCUUUCCAAGAGGCUAAGCAGACACCACGCGAGCGUGUGCGCGCUGGGCACAGAACCCCUGUCGGAGGAGUUUCAGGCAGGAGUGGAAGCGGCUGGGCGUGGGGGCAGCAACGGCGCCACCCAGCACGGUGGGGGGAGUCAGGCUUGUCAGAGCCGGAGCGCGUCACCGUCGCCGAGAGAGACGCCGCGCUGCCCAAUAGGCGGAGGCGCUUCCUAGCAGCCUGGUGGGAGCAGAGAUAGAAAAGUGCCCCAACAAGCCCGGAGCUGGCGUGCCGAGCGCGGGCUGGUGGCGGGCGGCGCGGUGCUCCGCGGGUCCGGGCUCCCUGGUCCGCGGGACCGCCCUGCGCGCUCUGCGCCCCGCGCCCCGGCUGUGCGCUCGGAGCCCGGCGGGCAGGGUCGCCCGGCCCGCAGGCUCCCAGGGGUGGGGGUGGCUCCUGCAAAAUGGUCCCUCACCUCAUACUGCUCUGCCUCCUCCCCUUGGUGCGAGCCACCGAGCCCCACGGGGGCCGGGACGACGAACAGAGCCUCGAAGCGGCCCUGGCCGUGGCCAACGCCUCGCACUUCUCCUGGAACAACUACACCUUCUCCGACUGGCAGAACUUUGUGGGCAGGAGGCGCUACGGCGCCGAGUCCCAGAACCCCACGGUGAAAGCCCUGCUCAUCGUGGCUUACUCCUUCAUCAUCGUCUUCUCACUCUUUGGCAACGUCCUGGUCUGUCAUGUCAUCUUCAAGAACCAGCGAAUGCACUCGGCCACCAGCCUCUUCAUCGUCAACCUGGCCGUCGCCGACAUCAUGAUCACGCUGCUCAACACCCCUUUCACUUUGGUUCGCUUUGUGAACAGCACGUGGGUGUUUGGGAAGGGCAUGUGCCACGUCAGCCGCUUCGCCCAGUACUGCUCCCUGCACGUCUCAGCCCUGACGCUGACCGCCAUUGCAGUGGACCGCCACCAGGUCAUUAUGCAUCCCUUGAAACCCCGGAUCUCAAUCACAAAGGGUGUCAUCUACAUCGCUGUCAUCUGGACCAUGGCUACGUUCUUUUCACUCCCACACGCUAUCUGCCAGAAAUUAUUUACCUUCAAAUACAGCGAGGACAUUGUGCGCUCCCUCUGCCUGCCGGACUUCCCUGAGCCGGCUGACCUCUUCUGGAAGUACCUGGACUUGGCCACCUUCAUCCUACUCUACAUCCUGCCCCUCUUCAUCAUCUCUGUGGCCUACGCUCGUGUGGCCAAGAAACUGUGGCUGUGUAACACGAUUGGCGAUGUGACCACAGAGCAGUACCUUGCCCUGCGGCGCAAAAAGAAGAAGACCAUCAAGAUGCUGAUGCUGGUGGUGGUCCUCUUCGCCCUGUGCUGGUUCCCCCUCAACUGCUAUGUCCUCCUGUUGUCCAGCAAGGUCAUCCGCACCAACAAUGCCCUCUACUUUGCCUUCCACUGGUUUGCCAUGAGCAGCACCUGCUACAACCCUUUCAUAUACUGCUGGCUGAACGAGAACUUCAGGACUGAGCUAAAGGCAUUACUGAACAUGUGCCAAAGACCUCCUAAGCCUCGGGAGGAGAGGCUGCCCUCCCCGGUUCCUUCUUUCAGGGUGGCCUGGACAGAGAAGAGUGAUGGCCAGAGGGCUCCCCUCACCAGUAACCUCCUGGCCACCUCCCAACUCCAGUCUGGGAAGACAGAUCUGUCAUCUGUGGAACCCAUUGUGACGAUGAGUUAGAGGAGGUAGGAAAGAGGCAAUGGGAGGGGUCUAUCUCCAUCUGAGAAAGAGAACCCUGUUCUCACACACGAUCUUGACAGUGCUGGAAACACACUCCUGCAGAAGCUGUAGGACUCUUCACUUCUUAGGAAACUAUCCAGCCUCCUAGCCCCAUGUGAUGUGAAAAUUAAAAGGCACCACCAACUAGACAUGUGUUCAUAAAUUUCCAUCUAAGAAAUACUUGGAGGUAUAGCAGCCUGGAUCUCUGAGGAAGUGGACGGAGGACAACUUUGGCCCAGAUAGGGGCUGAAUCAUUCAACUGCCUCCAUCUGUGAGGCAGCUGCUGCCUUACAGCCUUUCCUACUGCUGAGCGUCCCAAAGGGAGACCUGAAUCAUGCUUUGGGUAUGGUGACCCAGAUGCACAGAGCUCUGCUUGAAACAGGUGCACAGGCCAGGGAAAUGCCAGCAAGCCAGAGCUGGCAUGGAGAUUUUCAUGCCUCACUUUCUGGAGUCACUAGGCCAUGAAGAAUCACAAGUCUUCAGUGGCCUCGCAGUAUCCAGACAAGAAAGGACCAGCUUGGGUUCCUUAAAACAAAGGGAAAUUAUUAUUGCCACUUAGAAAAAUUCAGAAAAAGCAAAUACACACACACACAUGCAAUCACUCUCUUAUCCCAUCAAUUUGUGAUAACAUCUGUGAACAUGCUGUGGCUCUAUCUGCAAUAUUUUCCUUUGUGUGUGUGUGUGCAUGUUUGCAUGAACUUUUUUUUUUCAUUUACACUUUUUCAUUUAGAUUGUAAUGAUAAGAAACAGGGGCACAGCAAAAUAUUUCUGACCACCUUUCCCAGGGGUGUCCACCAGAAGAGUUGAAGAGGUGAGAAAACCCAAGUGAAGCCUGUCACCAUGCAGGCAGAACUGGCCCUUAUUGUAGACAGUGGUGGGAAGGGCCUGACUCACAUGCUCCUCCUCAGAGCAGCCUCAAGAUGAACCAGGGAAUCAAACUCAACCAGGAGGCAUAAGAUUCCUUCUCCCCCUCAAUCACGCAAAAGCAAAAGGUGGUGAAAAAUUGUUCUGUUUUCACAAGAGAUGAGGGAGCAGACUUUCCAAUAUGCUGAACGUAAUUGUGCUUAGACACCUCAUCCUUCCAAGCUGUCUAGACAGGUCGCUUCUCUGUGUUGUCUGAAUAAUGAGGGUUCUUGCUAUCGACAUCAUUUUAGUGGUUCAGGUGUCACUUUCGCUUUCAGAAACCUGUGGAAUCCUUAAGAAACCUUAAUACUUAAGGGUCUAACUUGCCAGAGAAAUCUCAUUCCAAGGACUGAUUGUUUUUUAUCACCUUCCUGAGUGGCUCACUGUGUCACCAGAAAAUAGACCUGUCAGGCAGAAUCCAGCUUAAUUCACCUGCUCUAAACAAUCGCUGCUGUCACACUGGUUUAGCCCUGGUUUAUAGGUUUCCUCCUAGCACCAGAUAAACCCUGAAAGCAAAGCAUGGAUAUGAGCUCAGUAGGAAACUAAGGUUUGAGGGAGAAAGAGUUUGUCACUUAGACCUCUUGGCUGUUCGUUGAAACUGAACUUGGUCACAUCAUCUGCUUCCAUAUAAUGAACUAUGAGGGUUCAUUAUCCUAGUUUCUCUAUCUAUGAAGAUGGCUGAAAAUUUUCAAGACACUAAAUUUUGAAAACUCACUUACUGAAUUAUGGACAAAAAUGUGACUUUCGUUGGGCAGAAAGAGUCUUCUAAGCGCACAGGGAUCCCCACAUGGAUUUUUCAGGACAAAUGGCUCAUGUGUCUGUACUUAUUGUCUCUGCUGUGUCAAGAAGUAGCUAAUGAUUUCAUCUGAAUGUUGCCAUAGAAGGUCUGUGAACCAGAAUGAGACAAGGCAGCAGGGAUACAGGUUUGUCCUGCUCUGGGAAGCAUGGAGGAUGUUGCCCUUCCCUCCUCUCCGAGAGUGUCUAGGAAUAUAGAAGCUCCUUGACUUACAUCUCAGUAAACCCAUGGUAAGUCAAAAAUAUUGGAAGUGGACAAUGCAUCGAAUACACCCAACCUACUGAACAGCGUAGCUUAGCCAAGCCUACCUUAAAUGUGCUAAGAACACUUCUAUUAGUCUACAGUUGGGCAAAAUCAUUUAACACCAAGCUUAUCUUAUAAUAAAGUAUUAAACAUCUCAUGUAAUUUAUUGACUACUGUACUGAAAGUGAAAACCAGAAUGGUUGUAUGGAUAUGCGAAGUAUGGUUUCUACUCAAUGUGUAUUGCUUUCACAUCAUCAUACAAUUUUUAAAAAUCCUAAGUUAAACCAUCAUUAAGGACCUUUGGUACUGCCAAGUUUCAGAGAAAACGCUUUUCUGGGGGAGCACCCACUGAUGGCUCAUUAGGUCUGUACCUUUCCCAAGGUCCCUGUGUGCCUUUGAGCAAAAGUGACUUGUAUUUGUGAAUGUAAAAUUUGUGAAACGUGAGUUUUUCCAAUGUGCUGCAAAGUGUUUUGUCGUAAAUUGCUCAUCUCAAUAAAAUUUAUUUCAGGUGUGUGGACUGUG